AUGCGAAAGCCGUGCCGGAACGAUGUUCCCAAUGAAGAACCGCACGUUUUAUAUUUAUUUUUAACUCUACAUAAAGCUUACCAUGUGGAUACACCAAGACAGAAUAUGAGCCAACCGGAUAUUCUCAGUGAGAUCUUUGACAAUAUCCGGGAAUGUAGCCAUGUAUUCUUGCCUUUCAUCUUCGGAAAAGAAAGAUGGCUGGGGUUUCGGCUGAGCCAUAGAUAUACUCCUAGAAGAGAAGCAAACAACUUAAGCACUAACCCACCUCGCAAAAUACUGAAACUAAUGUCCCAUCCAUUGUCCAGUUGCACGAAUCGGAAGAUGCCCCGAACAAUUAUGUCUACAAAGAGGGAUAGGAAGAGCUCCGAUCAGAUGACAAGGGCAGUUGAAGCUGUACGCACUAAGUCUAUGGGUUUUACAAGGCAGUUAAAAGUUUUGGUGUACCAAGAACUACUCUAAGAAGGCUCGUCCAUAAUACUGAGUUGUCGCCAGAGCUAGUUGUACAGAAGCCCUUAGGUAGAAGGCCUGUGUUGCCACCUUACCUAGAAGAAAAAUUAGUGGAAUAUAUAUUGCACAUGGAGCAAAUAUUUUAUGGCUUAACUCGAAUGGAUGUCAGAAAAAUAGCCUACCAGUUGACAGUUCAAAACAAUAUUCCCAAUCCUUUUAAAAAUGAUGUAGCAGGUCGAGCAUGGUUGGAUCAUUUUCUUAAAAGAUACAAACAUCAGUUGUCUCUCAGAAAACCUACGGGAACCUCUUAUGCACGAGUUCAAGGUUUUAAUCCAGCAGCAAUAAAUAAGUUUUUUGAUAUUUUGGAAGCCGAAUACAUAAAAUGCCAAUACCCCGCAGAUCGCAUCUACAAUGUAGAUGAAACAGGCAUCACCAUUGUACAAACAAAAAUACCAGCAGUAGUGGGUCGAAAGGGCAAAAGGCAGAUCGGAGCUUUAACUGCUGCAGAACGCGGUUCGUUGAUAACCAUAGUUAGUGCAAUGAGCGCUGGAGGCACUUUCAUACCGCCAAUGAUGAUAUUCCCCAGGAAGAAUUUUUCAGAUGUUUUAAUGAAAGGAGCUCCCCCUGGUGCACUUGGAAGGGCACAUCCUUCGGGAUGGAUUCAAA